AUGGCGCAAUUGGAUUUUAGAGCGGCAGAGUCUCAAGGUCACUGCAGCAGACGCCCAUCACUCCGCAGCUCCAUCAUUACCGAUCUGCAAGUGAUGCUGCGCUCUCUCUCUCUGCACUGCGCAGCUGCAUCAAAUCCAUGGUACGACGGGACGUCAGAUAUUCAGGGGAAACCCACAACUCACUCGUGCAGUGACUCACUACUGCAUGAAUGAAUGGUGUAGUCCACGUGCAAAACCAAGUAGCUGGAUUAAUAAAGGGCCUACAAUGAACAAAAAACCCGUAUUGACUGCACCUGUCGAGUAUUUUGUCAUCUUUGUCACUUUUGUUGGUCAACGCUUUAAGAUGGGUGUAUAUGCAUAAGUGUAGGGAGUCACAACAUUUUGCUUCUCUGCGUUUUUAAUCUUUAGAGAAAUGCAUGCAUCCCAUUCACUGAUGGAUUUUCUGUUUAAACUCAUGAUCAUGAGGGACAUGUGACCAACGACGAACCACUGCAUCGGAAAUCCUUGCCUGCCUCUCUGCACGUACUCACAAUGCGUCACCUUCCCUAUUGUGUCCUCACUGUACAUCCUCAAUCGAAAAAAAACUAACUUUCUUUUAAUAAGCUCGCCCGAGAAUGCCUAACAAGCCCAGACGAUGUUUUUAAAACCGCCCUCAGCAAGGAUUGGGAAAAUCCGCAUCAACCUCCUCGCCCCGUUAUAAGAUGUAAAAAGUCUGUCUGACUCCUGAUGGCGAACGUGCGUCUCUCCUCGCACUGCUCUGCCUCGUGAGUCUGUCUCAGCCAAUAGCGUGGCUCCGUUAGUCUCCUCUUCCUGAUUCCGUCCACUUAUCAUUGAGCCCGUAACGUCACGAGCGCCUUCUCUGCCUGCCUGCACGAGAGAGACAGCACCGUUCCCUGCACACAGUAAGGCGGAAAAGGUAACUUUACCACGCUUAUUUCUAUUUUUUUCAGUUCUGACCUUGAGCAGGGCGAUAGCUUUUAGAAUAUGACGAGGAAAAUACAAACUAAAUGGUUUAUGUAAACUAUUUUUCUGUGAAAUAAGUGUGUACAUUUUGUUCUCCAUUCACGAGGAUACUCUCAAAGUCUUGUACUUGUGUCCGCUGUGAAGCUUUUGUUGGAUAUUUCUUGUUUUACAAGCUUGUUAGUUUAUAACUUAAUGCUUCUGUGGCUUGCUGGAUGGAGUAAUUUGUAGCCCACCGUCUAUUUUUAAACCAGACCGUCAGCUGGCGACUGUGACUCCAUUUAGAAACUGCAUGGUGUGUGGGGAAGGGGGGCGUCAAGUUGCAAAGCUGACAUCCAACAGCCUUUUCCAGUUGUUACAGAACCAAUAUCAGAGUCUUUGUGUUUCAAUGACUGGGCCUAAAGGAUGUGAUGCAGUCUGAGUCAGGCCCAGGCAGUCAGAGAGCACCAGUUGCUUGCAGCAGACAUGGGGGUGUGUCCACCCGUUGAAGGAAAAUUACUGUGUGCAGCAACAUCAAGGUUCACUGUGUCCUUUUUCUGUGGAGAUGAGUUAUUUCUCUACCAAAGGACCUUCGGGAAAUCCCCAUACUUUCAAGAACCCACUUACCUUCCAUUUUAAAACUGUAUUACUGCAGUUUUUUUUCUCCAACUUAAAGACUUCAAGUGUAUUUAUUCAACUAAUUAUUUAACUCAGACAUAUUGCAAGUUUGGAGACCUUGAGUUAGCUUUCCUAUCUGAAAUGCCUACACCUGUAUCAGGUAUCAAUUCCAAAUUAUUUAUUUAUCAGUGGGUGCCAUUUUGUGCUGCCAGCUAACCUCAUUGAACUCUAGCUUGCUGUGAUCUGCCAGAAAAAUAAAAUAAGAUAAGAGAAAAGGUAUUUAUGUACAGUACAUAAUACCCAGAGGCUUCAAAAAGAUAAUGCCCAACCCUGGAUUAUCAUGUAUAAAAAAUGCAGCUAACCUGCAGUGCCAUGAGAUAUGCAUCCUUACUGUUGUCAUUAGGUUGGUGAGUUUUGGCAUAUUUGCCUGAAAUUUGGCUUUAAAGGAUGAAAUGUAGCGCCUGUGCAAAGAAAUCAGAAAAGGGUUAAAUCAGGUUUUCAUUUGCUAUCAGGCUUGGUGUGAUCCAAUAUUAAUUAGUGGAGAUCAUUAAGUAUUGAGGUUCAAGACCCAGCCCCUGUAAACUAAAAUACUUCAAGUCCAUUCAACUUAAGACCAGGGCCUGUUUAGAUUUUGGGGUUAUUUUGCCUCUCACAGUUGCCAGAGGAGUUUCCAUAGACUUUGGGGCCUGAGGCUUUUCCAUUUGUUCUGCUGCUGUUGUCCUUCUGCAGUUUGACUGUACUAAAAGUUCACCCAUGCAUUCAGAGUGGGUCGUGGAGUAGGUUAGUGCAUAGAUUCGGGGCAAGUUAGAAAAAACAAUUGAGAAUCAAUAGUGCGGCAGGCAGUCAUGGCCACAUUGUUUGGCUUAAAACUCUGUGUGACCUCCACAACUGGAAUUCAGAGAGAUAAUAAAGGCUUCAUGAGAUAGACUGUAGCUCAGGCUUUUCACUCUUAUCAAUACAAAAGGUGGUCAAACAUGUAUUGUGCUAAGGCACCUUUUGUUACCUACAGUAAGUUUUUAUUGUUGUGACUGAAAGUUCUAACCUUACUGUUUGGCUUUUGCAAGUCUUUUGCAGUAUUGUGAUGUAAUCUGAAACACUGAGUACACUGAAUGAGCAUGCACAGAUUUUUUUUUUUUGCUGCAUAAGCCACGCCUUUUUCCAGGACCAAUAUCUCUGCAACUUGGUCCAGCCCGGCCUCACUUGGUCCAAGUCCUGUGCCCAGCUCAUACUUGUAUGAUAGACCUAAAUCCACUAUACGCUUUUACUUGUUCUGACUAAAAACUGAAGCUAUCAAAUAGAUUACAUUUUGAAAUUUAAGUCACUGAAUGUUUAUCUUUUCGCCGGUCACUAUUUUUAUUCAAAGCUAUUAUCCAGUGAGUACCAUGACUGGGCGUAGACCAACUGCUCGGCUAAUGGAACAGCACUUUAUUGACUUUUAUCUUUGAUUGUUUUAUCCGCAGAUCCAGAAUCAUGUCCAUCCUGAAGGUCCAUGCUCGUGAGAUUUUUGACUCCCGUGGCAACCCUACUGUGGAGGUUGACCUGUACACCAAAAAAGGUACAGUAUGGUUUUUAGAAGUUGGGGUCAGAGAUUGCAUAUUUAACAACCCAGCCUAUAUAAAUUAUACAUUAAUUUAUAAUCAUAAAACAAACAGAUCUGUAGCUUCAAAUGUACUGUUAUCCUCUGUGUAUUACCGAUUAAGUGUUGCAGCAUAAACACUAUAAUCAAGUUUCAUCAUUUUUUUGUGUUAUUGCACUUAGUAAAGUAGGAAAAACGACUUAGUUCAGAGGUUGCCCUGCACCAUUACCAGCUCCACAGCCAGAGUGGAUCAGAUCAGAUGGUGGAUGUGUGAAAAUAGCUUGUGUAAUAUCACACUGGUGUACAGCACUCUGUUACUGUAAUGGUUCCUGUUUGGAUUCACCGAUACCUCAUACAGCAAGUAUCUCGAGCAAACUUUUGACUGGACUUUGAGACCUAGAUAGACCAUACAUGAAGAGCUGUCAGAUAAAUGAAAUUACAGUGUACUGCUCUCGCCUGGUUUGACUGUGUGCUAGAUUACAUAAUAAAGCUGGCGAGCAUGUACCAUCAAAAUUCAGCAAUGUUUAACACAUCUCUCCUAGAGUCAGAUCAAUUUAUUCAAUCGGCUAAUGGCUCAAUUUUGAUUGAAGUUUUUGGGCGAGCUGCUCUGUUGUUAGAGCUCAAACAAAGGACCAGCUCAACCCAAUGAAAUGUUCUGAGAAUGUUAAUGAAGCAGCCUGAAUGACUACUGACAUGGAAGAGAGUGAAAACAGGCUUAACUGCCUUGAAUACACCGGCUGGACUUCUCUAAUCUGCAGCCCAGUUCUCUUCCAAUACUUCAGAUGGUUGCUUUGUGCUCCUGUUUACUGUAAAUUGCACCUUUAUUAUUAUUUUUUUUUUACGCAAUCCUCUUUAAAGUCAGCCAGGCCUGCAGUGGCAUCAUUAAGUGUGCAGACCAGAGAGAGUGUGGUGUACUAAGAGCAUUUCUGUCACAGUAACAGUAAUAUGUUAUGUAACCAGCUCGCCCCUCAGUCAGUGGCACACUAUAAAUCAUCCUCUGCUUGUUGGCAGACAGAGGUAGCUCUGGUAAGCUAUACAGAUAUUUGCAUUCACGGCGCCUGCCUAAUCCUGUGCAUGGAAAGCAUUAAAUAGAAACUCAAGAAAUGACGUAUAUUUGUACAUUUAAUGAUGAAUUAUAUCUAAAUGAAAAACCAUAAUAGUUAAGUCAGUCCUAGUUUUGGAGGGUUUACAGUUCUUUUUUGGAUGAAUUUUUCUUUAUGUAAUGUAUGAAGACAGUAUCUUUUAUAUCCUGAUGGACAGGUGCAAGCAUUUUUGUGCCACAGCCAGUUUUCUUCAUGCAGAUGAUUUGUUUUGUCUGAGCUCAUUGCCCAGUCAGCGUCUGUCUUGAGCCCUAAAUCUCUAUCCAAUUCACACCAUCCCUGCCGGCUGCCACACCACUGAGCACACUCAAUAGAGUUUGCUUAUCCCAAAUUUUUCCCCACAUUGUGCAACUCCAUAAUGGCCAGCCUCUUAUACAUGGGUGUGGCUUGGCAUCACUCCACAGAUACACUGCACAUGCUCAGUUGGCAGCCUGUCUCCUCCUGUUACAUCACAGCCAUCUGCAGCACGGCCAGUACAUGCGCCACACAUGCUUGAUUUAUCUCUUUGCACACAAUAUGCAGUAUGCACAAUACUGAGGAAGGGGAUGUGUGUUCCUGGUUUGAUUUGUUAUUUUCCCUUUAUUGUUAAGCAGCCCAUAGCUUUACUGUAUCUCCUAUCACAUGCUUCUGUCUGCAGGCUCUGAGUUGUAUAAAAUAAACAAUAGUUAGACGAUUUGAAGUUUUGUUUAGAAAUGUUUUUAUGACCGCUGAUUUGUUGACUUCCUCUCGGACAUGACACAGCACUUUUAAGAUUUUCAAACUCUCCUCCCUAUCUCCAAGGUCUUUUUAGAGCUGCAGUGCCCAGUGGUGCCUCCACCGGCAUCUAUGAGGCUCUGGAGCUUCGUGACAAUGACAAAACACGCUACAUGGGCAAAGGUAUAAUGCUUUUAUUGACCCCCACCCUGAUCCCUCUGUCUAUUUCUUCUGUUUUGCUACUUCUUUUCAUGUCAUUUCAGCUCUCCUGUACAUACUGUCAUCUGCAUUUCCUUUCUUAAUCUUCAUUGUCAAUUUCUCCAUGUUUCUUCCUCCUGUUAGGGGUCAAAAGAGCAGUUAAAUAUAUUAAUGAUUUCUUGGCCCCUGCAUUGUGUAACCAGGUAAAUAAAGUGUGAUAUAAUAGGAUUUAGAAAUUAAUGUGCACUACUGCAUGAAGGAUGGGUUUGCCGUUAAAAACUAACCUUUGCGGGUUUUAACAGAUGGUCACAGAUCUAAAAAGAAUAAAACAAGAAAUAAUUUACUGUUAACACAUCAUGGAGGAUCAUACAAGGUGCUCUGUGUUCAUCUGUUUCACCUGCUCUGCAUGGUUUUCCCCUGUCUGCGUCAGUCAUGGUCUGCUUGUCCCUUGCAGGUGUCUCUAAAGCUGUAAAUCAUAUCAAUACAUCAAUUGCACCUGCACUGGUUAACAAGGUAGGAGCGUUUAUCAUUUGCCCAAUAUUACAGAAAUUAAUUUAUCACUGAUUUAAUUCAUCAUUUAUGCACAAUAUUAAUUGGAUGAAAAAAAAAUAGAACAAAAUUUUAGUAACCAGUAAGUGGUACUAAGGACUAACUGUAUCAUUUUAGAGCAAGCAGAUUGACAUAACAGAAAACUGUCAUGUUAAGAGUGUUGUAUAUCGAGAAUGAAGUGACACAUGUAGGAUACCUAUAAACUGUUUGUAUUGAGAUGUUUCAAUAACUUUGACACUAAUUAAGUGUGGUCUUGCUCACUAAUAAAUGACUUUACACCUGGGGAAUCCUUUGAUAUCCGAACAUACGGGUUUACUUGUCAUAUUUUGUUUCACUCAGGAUGUGAGUGUGCUGGAGCAGGGCAAGAUCGACAAGCUGAUGCUGGACAUGGAUGGCACAGAAAACAAGUGUAAGAUACUUUAUGUACAAUAACUGCUCAGCUGAUGUUAGUAUCAAGAAAACUGAUCCUCAUUGAUAUUAAUAAAGCUGGAACAUUAAUAUCAAUAGACAUUCACAUAAUAUGGUUAUGCAGCCGGGAUAAGCUUGUUGUUUUGAUUAGCCUUGAAAUUUUUCAGUAAUUAGAUAUAUCAACAUGUCAUGCUUGUGAAUGAAACAAAAGAUCUGUCUCUUCUUACUUACAGCUAAGUUUGGUGCUAAUGCCAUCCUGGGUGUUUCCCUGGCUGUGUGCAAGGCUGGUGCUGCAGAGAAGGGCGUCCCCCUGUACCGUCACAUCGCUGACCUGGCUGGCAACCCUGAAGUCAUCCUCCCUGUCCCUGUGAGCCUGCUUAUUAGAGACUUUACGCUACUAAACCCCGCAGACUUCUAUCACUAAAGUUUGAUCAUCAGAACCCUUUAUUUUCUGCUGUAAUUCAGUUUGGGGGAAAGCUUAUCGUCCAUAUUUUCUUUCAGGCUUUCAACGUCAUCAACGGUGGCUCUCAUGCAGGCAACAAGCUGGCCAUGCAGGAGUUCAUGAUCCUGCCAGUGGGAGCUAGCAGCUUCAAGGAGGCCAUGCGUAUUGGGGCUGAGGUCUACCACAACCUGAAGAAUGUCAUCAAGGAGAAGUACGGCAAGGAUGCCACCAAUGUAGGAGAUGAGGGAGGCUUUGCCCCCAACAUCCUGGAGAACAAGGAAGGUGAGAGAAACCAUGACAUCAGAACCAUGAAAACUGUCCUCAGACCAUCAGGAAUAAGAACUAACUGGGAACUUACAUGUUUUAUUAUACUAGUACACUGUUUAUGGUUUUUUGUUUUCAAUGUUUUGGAUCUUUUUCUUUUUUCUGUGAGAACAGUGGAUUUUUGCACACUGUUACUGUGUGUCUUGAAAGCACUAUAUGCGUAGACUUUCCAGGCAAGUGCUUUGCUUAUCUCUCUAGGACCAACACAUGGUUUCUAAAUUAAGGUCUCAAAGUGCAUCGACUGCCAGCCUCUGACUCCUGUGUCAGCUUGAUGUGCUGAUAUGGCAAAUGCCCCAGUGGAGCAAAGUCUUCAACGGGGGCCUGUUAAUUCAAAGUGAAUUUUUAAAAUGAGUAAGAAACACCACCCUUCAUAUUUUUCACAUUUUGACUGUAGUAUGUUGUUUCUGUCUCAGCUUUGGAGCUGCUGAAGAACGCCAUCGCCAAAGCUGGCUACACCGACAAGAUUGUUAUUGGCAUGGAUGUUGCUGCCUCUGAGUUUUACAAGGGCGGCAAAUACGACCUGGAUUUCAAGUCUCCUGAUGACCCUAGCCGCUACAUCAGCUCUGACAAGCUGGCUGACCUCUACAGGGGCUUUGUCAAAGAUUACCCUGGUGAGAUUUUUUUAUUCACAUGAGACAAUUUAUUCCAGCUCCUAACCUUUGGUGUUCAGCAUCCCUGAAAAUGUUAAGUUUCCAAGAUGUUCUGGCGAUUAAUUUAUCAUAGCAAGACAAUGCAGCGCACAGAGUACAGAUUAAAACUGCAGAAAUUGAAUACAUUUUACUUCUGCAAUCUCACAAAAAUAACACACCGAUACAUUUCUAUCUGUGAAGAAUCAAGGUUCUGGCAACUUUCAUGUUACGGUUAACAGGUAAUUUUUCUAGUAAGAGGUACUUUCAAAAUUCAGAUUGACAGUUCUGCUGCCCCCAAGUGGCCAACUAAUCUUUAGCAACAUUGCAGGUUUCUGAAAAAAAAAAAAAAAAAUAAUAAUAAUAAAUAAAAAAAAAAACAUACAAUAUAAAGUUGACUGCAUAUCUGUGCUGUGUCUUCAUGUCAACAUUAUUAACUCAUUUAUCUCUUGUCCUUCUAUCCUCACAGUGGUGUCCAUCGAGGAUCCCUUUGACCAGGAUGAUUGGGAAGCUUGGGCCAAAUUCACAGCCAGCACCAAUAUUCAGGUUGUGGGCGAUGACCUCACUGUCACCAACCCCAAACGUAUCGCCAAGGGUGUGGCCGAGAAGUCCUGCAACUGCCUGCUGCUCAAAGUUAACCAGAUCGGCUCUGUCACAGAGUCCCUGGAUGCGUGAGUAUUUAUAGCAGAGUACUGUGAACAAAAUCCUGAAGGUAAAUCAAGUGUAAGCAUGCCCGGGACUCAAACUUGUGUCUCUUUCUUUUAGCUGCAAGCUGGCCCAGAGCAACGGCUGGGGUGUGAUGGUCAGCCAUCGCUCUGGAGAGACAGAGGACACCUUCAUCGCUGACCUGGUGGUCGGUCUAUGCACUGGACAGGUAAACCCUUAACCCAUGUGUAUCUUUUCUUGAUAAUUAUAAGCUUGUUGACAGGGUUCCAGUUAUUCUAAUAGAACUAUAAAGGCUUAUGAAUCAAACUUUUAGAUGUAGUUUUCGUGGUACAGCCGGGAUUUUUAUGUAAUUUCAUUCUUUUUUCAGAUCAAGACAGGUGCACCUUGCCGAUCUGAGCGCUUGGCUAAGUACAACCAGCUGCUCAGGUAAGUCAAGCCCUAAAACACGUGCAUUUCCUAUGGUUGAACUCAUCACUCUGUAGAGUCAUAACAAUGCAGACUUUCUUCAUUAUCAAUUUAAACUCAAAAGUCAUCCUUUCUCUCUGACAGGAUUGAAGAGGAGCUCGGUGACAAGGCCCGCUUCGCCGGCCAGAACUUCAGGCACCCCAUCUGA